AGGCCGCAGACGCUGGCAGCUUAGAGGACGCCGGGGGUCACGUGACUCAAGCGCCAUUUCGCGAGAGUUUGUAUGUCUCGCGAGAGCUCACUCGCCUUGUCUUUCCCUCUUGCCGGAGCCCGGCUUUUCUCCCCUCCCCCCUUGCCGCCGGCGGAGUUUUUCCUUUUCCGACCGAAUCUUCUCGUCGUCGUGGAUAUUGUCCCUGCUGCAGCUGCCCUUGCCGCCGCUGGGCUCGCGUCCCCGACCCCUGCCCGCCGUCCCGUCCCCAACCCCGCCCAAGAUGUCAGAGGAUCUAGCAAAACAGUUGGCCAGCUACAAAGCUCAACUCCAGCAAGUAGAAGCUGCUUUGUCUGGAAACGGAGAAAAUGAAGAUCUACUGAAAUUGAAGAAGGAUUUGCAAGAAGUUAUAGAAUUGACCAAAGAUCUUCUGUCAACUCAACCUUCAGAAACUCUUGCAAGUUCAGACAGUUUUGCUUCUACUCAGCCCACUCAUUCAUGGAAAGUAGGGGACAAAUGUAUGGCAAUCUGGAGUGAAGAUGGACAGUGUUAUGAAGCGGAGAUUGAGGAGAUAGAUGAAGAAAAUGGCACCGCUGCAAUCACCUUUGCUGGUUAUGGCAAUGCCGAAGUGACGCCAUUGUUGAACCUUAAACCCGUAGAAGAAGGAAGGAAGGCUAAAGAGGACAGUGGCAACAAACCCAUGUCAAAAAAAGAAAUGAUUGCCCAGCAACGUGAAUAUAAAAAGAAAAAAGCUUUGAAAAAAGCGCAGAGAAUAAAAGAGCUUGAGCAGGAAAGAGAGGACCAGAAGGUGAAGUGGCAGCAGUUCAACAACAGGGCUUACUCCAAAAACAAGAAGGGCCAGGUAAAGAGGAGUAUUUUUGCUUCACCAGAAAGUGUAACGGGCAAAGUUGGAGUAGGAACUUGUGGAAUUGCUGACAAGCCUAUGACACAGUAUCAAGAUACAUCUAAAUACAAUGUCAGGCAUUUGAUGCCUCAGUAAUCAGAAGAACUGUUGGAUUUCAUCUCUGCAGGGCUUUACAUUUACCUUUUUAUCCUUAUAUUUUUCUAAAGGUAAAUUAUUUGCUAGAUGAGUAAGGAAGAUACAUUGUUGUCACUGUUUGGCUUUGGUAGAAUGAAACUUGAAGACAUUUGAUAACUGCUAUCAUUUAACUUUUCAUUACUACUUACCACAGUUCCUCAGAGUUUGUUGACAAGACAACUUUUCUAGGUAGAUGCUGCUUAAAUCAGCACUUAGAUGACUGACUUCGGAACUUCAGGUCCCCACUUAACUAAUGUUAAGUAGACAUUUUAUAAGUCCUAAUUUGGAGUUUUCAGGUGCUUUGCACUUGACAUAUCCCAGCAAUUCAUUGGAACAUCAUGGCAAAAUGCCAGCCCGCUAAAGACAUCUUCAGUUUGAUAACCUGGCCAUUGUCCAGACAAGCCCGAGUAUAGGUUAAUUUAUAAAUGGCAAAGUUUAUUUUGAGGUUAUUCCUUGAAUUACUUGUUUCCUGGGCCUGUUAGGUCACUUCUACAAUUGACUCACCUUGUAUUUUUUUUGUCAUUGAGUUUGAAUUUUAUAUUAAAAAACAAACAAACCAUGUUUAGGAUACGCUCCCCUUCUCUGGUGUUUAUUUGGUGUUUUGUAUUUUUUUUUCCUUUGUUGAUUUUUCACUUGUGGUAGUGGUACCAUUUUGGGGAUGUGUAAUGUUUAUAUGGGAAAACAAAAAGCUGAUGUAUAGCCCUGUAUACAAUGUAGAUACUAUUUUUGUAAAAAACCAAGGCUAAAUUAAUGAACAAGAGUACUGAAUGUUUCAUGAUUAAAUUUUUCCUGUAUUUCUUGUGCAUUAAUCUGACCAUAAUUCCCCUGUAUAUUAUGUUCAUGUAGCUGAGUUUGUACUUUUUAUUAACUAGAUCAAGUUGCCAGCAUUUGUUGGUAUAAGUGAGCACCACAGUUAUCCAAGUUGAGUUUAAGCCAAAAACACAGAUAGAAAAAGGGUCUUCCUGUUACUGGAAGAAGACAAUUUUUAGGGUGUGUGUUAAUUUCAGUUUUGUAUGUUUAACUUUAAUAAAUAAAGUGUUUUUAAAAUCUCCA